UGGUUUCAGCUAGCUUCACUGGAUGGUUUCAGCUAGCUUCACUGCAUGGUUUCAGCUAGCUUCACUGGAUGGUUUCACACUGACCAACAACACCCAGGUUUAUGACGGACAUGUUCCCACCCACAGACAGACACAGAUGUGUGUACACAAUGUUUUGAUACAAAAUACCUUUUUAUCCACAAUUCUGUUAAUAGUAAACAGUAACAAUGAAAAAUCCAAAGACUGUAUUUUUUCCUGUUGACUGAAUGAAAAUAUGAAGGUACGCACUGCUGGAAACAACCGGCUCUCUGCUCUCUGUCCUCCGCUUUGCUUCCUCCACACGGUUUACCGGAAGUUAUCCAAAAUGACCUGCGGGUAAACAACCGCCCUCGGCUGAGCGAAACGAGGCGGCUGUUGAUGUCGCCUGUGAAACAGCGCCCCCAGGGGCAAAGCACUGUAUUGCCUCAUUUUAACAGGAAAUGCCUAAACUCAGCCAUUUUAUAGAUAGAUAGAUAGAUUUUAUUGCGCAGACUCAAAGUCCUAAUAUACAUAAAAAGAAAAGAAAAACAAUAAAAGAAUAAAAAGUGCGUUAAAAUGGCAACUAACCCCUCAGGAGGCAAUCAUACCAAUAUCUCCAGAGUACAAAUGAGUAUUUUACAACAUUAUAUUUAACAUUUAUCAACGAUAGAAUAAUUCUAUUUUUAGACUUGAUUACACAAAUAAAUUGAUUCAUAAGCUUCCUUUAAAAAGCCAUCAAAGUGCUAACGCGAGCAGAUACAAACAGUUCACUGGCACUGGUCCAUCUGGGCUUAUUUAACAAAAGUCUUAAAGCAUCAUUAAAAGCCACCUUCAAUUUUUGAAGACUGUUUUUUAAAAAAUUGCACCACAAAUGUGCUGUAUACAAUGAUGUACAAUAUGAUCGAAACAAAUGCAGUUUCACUUCGUCAGUACAGAAGCCAAACUUACGGACCAGGAUAUUGGCCUGAGCAUAUAACAUUCGAACCUGUCAGUAAAUGUCUGCAUCAUCAGACAAAGUGUCUGUCAACACAUGACCAAGAUAUUUUAUUUCAUUAGAGACAUUCAAUUGAGUCCCAGACAGUUUGAAAUUAGGAAAUUUGCUAUUUUUGUCCUGCUUAGUGUGACAGAUCAAGAUAAUACUUUUUGAUGGAUUAAAUUUAACAUCACAUACUUACCAUAUGCUGAACAGACAUUAAGCAGCUUCUGAAGACCAGCUGAACUUGGACUAAAAAUCACUAUAUCAUCAGCAUACAUUAAAAGAUUAAUAAUGGUAUCGCCAACCACACCGGUGAAGCUGCGUAGAGAGUUCAUUCAUGUAAAAGUUAAAUAACAUGGGUGAUAAAAUACUACCUUGUCUGACUCCAUUGCUAACAUGAAAGGAUGCAGAUAUACAAUUUUCCCAUUGACCUGCAUAGUUUGAUUGGUAUACCAAUAUAUCAGACAUCUUACUAUAUAUUUGGGCACACCAGCUUGGCACAAUUUUAAAAAUAAUUUUCUAUGAUUUACAUGAUCAAAAGCCUUGGUGGUGUCUAAAAAACACAAAAAGACUGUAGAGUUUUUGCUGGUAUAAUUAUUCAGUAAUUCUUUAAUUUAGGCCAUAUAUACACAUAUCAGUGCCAUGUUUGGACUUGGAGCCAAAUUGAUAAUCAGUACACAUAACUAUCUUUUCAAAUUUAGGCAAAAGAAUUAGUUCAAAGACUUUAGACAGUGUACUAGCAAUGGCUAUAGGUCUAUAGUUAUCAGAGCUGCCAAUUCUACCAGCUUUGUUUUUAAUCACAGGAAGUAGAAGAACAUUCAUCAAGGAAUCAGGAAUAAAGCCAUGCAUAAUAAAAUCAGUGAAGCACAAAGCAAAAAGAGGGGCUACCCUAGAACUUGCAAAUUUGAGAUGUUCAGCUUUGACCAUAGAAAUGUUGAUUUUGCCAAAGAACAAACACAUUUAUAGGAAUUGAUUUUUCAUUCAAUACAGUUUAUUUCUACAGCACCAAUUCACAACACAUCGUACUGAUGCUCUUUCCAAAAGAAGUGGUUUCAGUUCAAUCAUCCAGUCCUUCCAGUUGAUCCCAGUUAUCAGUCAGAGAAUCAAGUUCAGUUCAUUCAAAUUAGCUGGAAAAGUUCCUGGGGAAACAAGCAGACUGCACUGUGCAGCAGGUUGAGCAUGCAUGUGGCGACAGCGGAGAGAAACAACUCCCCUUAACAAGCAGAAACCUAUUAAAGGAUUCUCCCAGAACAAGAACUACAACAAGGUUCACUCUGAGCGGCCAGCUGCCAUCUAGAGGUCAGAGAAUUUCCAAAUUUCUGUAGAACAACACAUAAUCCGGGUCAGAACCUAGUGAUAAACCAACAGAGAUCAUCUAGUCUUCCAGCUUUCCUCUCCAGGUCGGAGGAAAUACCAGGGUUCUGUUCCUCUGCAGAACCACACCUUACCAAAUUGGGAACAAGGUUCUGAUGGACCGGACGGCUGGGUUGGGUGAAGUUCUGACCCAGUUAGACUGAAAGGUGGUUGCGAUGGACUGGAGGUCCAAACAGAACCAGGUUCUGAGGGAUUGGUCAGAGCAGCCAUGGAGACGAAGGCAUUAAUGCGACUUGCCCAGAUGCUCUAGAACUGGACCUGUUGGACUGGAGUGGCGGGUGUCUCAUGAUGUCUCAUGAUGUCUUCUGAUGUCUUAUGAUGUCUCAUGAUGUCUCAUGUUUCCUGUACCCAGACAGAGCCUGGGUGUGUCCCAGAACCCUAACACGGCAGGAUGAACUGGUCCGGACUGGAGAAUCUGCUGAGUGGCGUCAAUAAGUACUCCACAGCCUUCGGGAGGAUCUGGCUGUCCAUGGUGUUUGUCUUCCGGGUCAUGGUGUUUGUAGUGGCGGCCCAGAGGGUGUGGGGAGAUGAAAGCAAGGACUUUGUGUGCAACACCAAACAGCCUGGCUGUAACAACGUCUGCUACGACCAUAUCUUCCCCAUCUCUCACAUCCGUCUGUGGGCGCUGCAGCUGAUCUUCGUCACCUGCCCAUCUCUGAUGGUCAUGGCUCAUGUUAAAUAUCGUGAGGGGAAGGACAGGAAGUACACGGCGGUUCACCAAGGCUCUCACCUUUACGCCAACCCCGGCAAGAAGAGAGGAGGUCUGUGGUGGACGUAUCUAGUGAGCUUGGUCUUUAAAGCAGGGUUUGACACAUCAUUUCUCUAUAUUCUGUAUCGGAUCUACCAUGGAUACGACCUUCCCAGACUCUCCAAGUGUUCCCUGCCACCGUGUCCCAACACCGUGGACUGCUUCAUCAGUCGUCCAACAGAGAAGAAGAUCUUCAUGCUCUUCAUGGUCGUGUCCAGCGCCAUCUGCAUCUUAAUGUGCAUCCUCGAGAUGAUUUACCUCAUAAGCAAGCGCAUCUUGAAAGUGAUAAACGUCCGAAAUGAGAACCAGAGGGUUGUGUUCGCCGACCAGCAUGAACUCACUGCCAUCGCACCUCCCAGGUCUCGGUACCGCAGGGUGGAUCCGACGCUAGCAGAGAGCCAGCUGAGUUUAAGCAAGCGGGAGAAGACUGAAGGUCGACAGAAAACGACCCUGCUGUAGCACAGAGACCGGUGGAAAACAGGAAGACUGAAGGAUCAGGAGGAACUGCUGCUUCUCCAGACGGGAGGCUGGAUGGACAUUCAGUACCACAAAAAAACUCUUAGCUCUGUUUGGGUUUACAGUUAGCUUUGCUUAAUCACCUUUUAUCAGAAAACUGCAUCUGGUACAUCUUUUAUUUAUUCAUCCAAUGAGACCAAAGAAGUCACAGGAUGUAUCGACUUCCCGUCCUCACAGUGACAGUCGGCCCGCUGACUUCAUGUUAAAACAUCACAUUCACUGCAUCAGUUUCUAUACCAAAGGUUCUGGGCCGGAGCCAAUCCAGGUCACUGCUCGACCCGGAUGUAUGCAUGUUGUGUCUGUAGCUACAGAAAAAGCAGAUUUAGUCAGAAACAACAAACAGUGGGAGGCCAGGGUCAGGCCCGAGGUCAAAGGUCAGGCUUUAGACGUUUGUGUGCACUGCCUUCCUCAGACUAUAGAGUGCUCUGAUUGCUGCCUGAUGCAGCCCACCGGGCCCAUCCCUGCUUCUGUUGCUGCCAGAACAACCAGGCAGCUGGGUUCUCCUGUAGGUACCGGCCCGGAGCGGUUCCGCCUCCGGUCCGGCUUACAGCCAGAAUGAGAAUCAUGUAUGGUGACAAGAAUCAAAAUAUUAUGAGAAUAAAAAGGCAGAAAAAAACUGUGUAGAUGAA